AUGGAGGAUCCAAAAUUAGAAAAACAUUUUAAGAGUCAUCGAAGUGCUGUAACGUGUUUAAGCUUUAGUCCAAAUACAAAACAACUUGUAUCUGGCAGUCUUGAUGCUUGCCUGUUUCUAUGGCCAUUUAAACCACAAGUUCGAGCAUACCGCUUUGAUGCGGUACAUUCUGUUUGUUUUUCACCAUCAGGUCAUUUGAUUGCUUCUGGAUCAAAGGAUAAGAAAGUUCGCCUGUGGAUACCAAGCGUAUUUUUGAAUGAUGUUGCAUUUCAUCCAAGUGGCACGUGCAUCGGUGGAGGUUGUACAGAUGCUAGUGUAAAAAUAUGGGAUAUACGUACGAGAAAACUCAUUCAACAUUAUGCUAAUCAUGUUGCUUCAGUAAACAAUGUUUCAUUUCAUCCAAAUGGCAAUUUUCUUUUAACUGCUUCAAGUGAUGCUACAUUGAAAAUAUUUGAUUUAUUAGAAGGAAGAUUAAUUUAUACGCUGCAUGGUCAUCAGGGUCCAGCGAUGGCUGUAACGUUUUCUAAACAAGGUGAUUAUUUUGCUUCUGGAGGACAAGAUCAACAAGUUCUUGUUUGGAAAACAAAUUUUGAUGCAACCGUACCAUUUGAUCCAGUCGCCAGUAGUAGAGGAGAUGACGUUUUGCAUAGUGCAAAUAUAAGAGCAGCAUCAAGACUGAUCAGUCAAGAUUUACAAAACAAGAACGUCGAUUUUGCAUUACCAUCUCAAAAUGCUACUCGUCAACAAAAACAACAGGAAAAACAAAUAUCAUCAACAUCACAAUUCUCAUCAUUACAAGAAAAAUCUCAGCCAGAAACAAGUGAUGAACGUCGUGCGAGAAAAAUUGAUAUAUUGAAAGCAAAAUCAACAUCAAAAACAAGUAUGGACGAUGAUCGCAUUGAAAUAACAAAUGUUGGACCAGUUUAUCAAAACGGAGUUGCUAGGUCAAAUAGUGCUUUAGCUUGUUUGAUAAACACAAGUAAUAAUGGAAAUAGAUAUAACAAUAAUUAUUCCAGUCGGACAACGACACAGCAAUCAACAAGAAGAACAUUGUUGUCUGAUAUGUUUGAUAAUGACGAUAACAAUAUUGAUGGUGCAUAUUCUGAGAGUCUAGAAACAAAACUUUAUCCACCACAACUGACAAAUACACUUGAACAUAUCGUUCAACAACUUGAUAUAUUAACAAAGACGGUUUCCAUAUUGGAAACAAGACUAACAAUGACAGAAAGUAAACUCCAAGAAAUAGUUGAACAUCAACGAAAAACGUGA